GAAUGAAUCCCACCGGACCGGAACACCGCUCGUUUUGCAUGCCUGUCGCGAAAUGAUGACGUAACCCCCCUGGUUAUUUGUAUUGUUUUGGUUAGUGCUAUUUCCCUUGUACAGAAUUUAUCCUGAAUCAUUCGUUUUAGAUCAAAUUACAGUUUUUUUAGCUCAAUCCACAGAGGUCAUGGAAGAGCAGAGUAAUUCACCUGGAGCGAACACCGAUAACGGCAGCCAAAGGAAUGGAGAGGAGAAGCCACGCAGGACCAGCUGGACUAAAGGGAGGAAGAGGAAGAAGCCGAUGAAGGACAGUAACGCACCCAAAGCCCCGUUAACGGGAUACGUGCGAUUCAUGAACGAUCGACGGGAGCAGCUGAGGGCCGAGAGACCAGACGUACCCUUCCCAGAAAUCACCAGGAUGCUCGGCAACGAGUGGAGCAAGCUGCCUCCUGAGGAGAAGCAGCGCUAUUUGGACGAGGCAGAGAAAGAUAAGGAGCGCUACAUGAGGGAGCUGGAGAAGUAUCAGCAGACAGAAGCCUAUAAGCAUUUCAAAAGGAAGGUGCAGGAGAAACAGAAGGGAAAGCGACUCAGAGGAGAUGUGGGCCGGCAGGCUGCCCGGGAAGCUCUUCACGAGAGUGAUGGAGGUCUGAAGGAUCGCUCAGUGUUUGAUAUUCCCAUCUUCACUGAAGAGUUUCUGAACCACAGUAAAGCACGAGAGGCGGAGCUGCGGCAGUUACGCAAGACCAACAUGGAGUACGAGGAGCGUAACGCAGCCCUGCAGAAACACGUGGAGAGCAUGCGCAGCGCCGUGGAGCGCCUGGAGGGAGACGUGCUUCAGGAGCGCACACGCAACAGCCUGCUACAGCAGCACCUCGACCAACUGCGCUCAGCGCUCACAAACAGCUUCUCCAAUGUGCCACUGCCUGGCAGCGGAGAGAUAGCCAGCCUGGACUCCAUCGACUCCUACAUGAAGAAGCUCCACAGUAUCGUGAUGUCCAGCCCUCAGGAACACGAGCAGCUCAUUAGCUUGGUUCGGGAUGUGGUUAACUGCCUCGACAGGUAAUUGAGGAGUCCUGAUAGCUGUUUUGCCAAAUCCGUUCGAUUCACACCACCUGUCCCUAAACCCAUUUUUUAAGACUUGCAUUACUACACACAAUUAUUCAAAUGAUAAUUAUUUAUUUUUAGUGCCAUUUUUAUCAGCUUUUCUUACUUAAACGUGGUCAUCCAUUGGUAUUUAUGGAUAUUUUUUUUUUACUGGUAAGAAAGUGGAACAAUGUGUGUGUAUAUGAACUAUAUCCCUUGUCAACGUUUGUUUGUUUAUUUGUUUUUAAUUUGAAAGAAAAGUUAGCAUUUUAGUUAUUUCAUUACUUUAAUACAAUGAAAUGACCUUUUGUAUCUUGUUUAAUCUGAUUUAAACUGUAGUUAGUAUGUUUGUUUGUGAUUUUGCCACUUGCCCUUAGUGCCAGGGUUCCAUCAACGUGUAUAAAAGCUGAAAUGCUUCAUUGACCAAUAAACUGCGUUUGCGAUAAA